GGCAGGCUACAAAGUCUUUAUCGGUUGGCCGCAUAGAUUAUACACUUAAGUUGGCCGUAUGGCAUGUACGAGGUUUUAUCACUUUUAUCAUAGAUUAACACUUUAGUGUUAUGAAUGGACGUCAAUAAUGUUUGAAUAAAUUCAAAAUAACAUUUAAUUUAUACAUAUUUAAUUAAAUCAGACUUGUCCACUACAGUGUUGGUGACAUGUUAAGUCAAAAGUAAUUAAAUUCGUUCAAAAAAAAAAGAUUCCAAUUAAGUAAAUCUAACAAUAACCUAAAAAACAUAAAUUUGUUACAUAAAUUUUAACAAGUUUGAAUGAAAAAUGGACGGUGAAACGAAACUAAGCAUUCACGUCGGCUCCAGGAAGAGCGAGCUAGCACUUGUACAAACGAAUUUCGUUAUCGAUAGCUUAAAAAGAAAUUACCCGGAAAAGGAAUUUAAAAUUGUGACCAUGACAACGCUUGGCGACAGGGUGCUAGAUCAGCCUCUACCAAAAAUAGGAGAAAAGUCACUUUUCACAAAAGACUUAGAAGAUGCACUGAUGAGUAAAAAUGUAGAUUUUGUUGUGCAUUCACUGAAAGACUUGCCAACAACAUUGCCGGACGGAUUAGUCAUUGGCGCUGUCUUUGAAAGAGAAGACCCUCGUGAUGCUUUGGUACUGAACGAAAAAUUUAAGGAGUACUCAUUGUCCACCUUACCUUCAGGAUCAGUAAUAGGAACAUCAUCACUGAGACGAACGGCUCAGCUAAACGGAAACUAUCCCCAGUUGAAGGUGGUGGAUGUGAGAGGCAAUCUUAAUACCAGGUUGAGGAAAUUGGAUGACGAAGAUGGAAAAUAUUCAGCCCUUAUACUGGCAAGUGCUGGGUUGAGUAGAAUGGGAUGGGGCAACAGAAUGUCAAAGGUACUGCCGUGCUCGGAGAUGUUAUAUGCGGUGGGUCAGGGCGCGUUGGCGGUGGAAUGUCGCGCUGACAAUGAAGAAGUCCUGGCGAUGUUGGCUCCGUUCAACCACCCUGAAACUUACUGCAGGGUCUUGGCUGAGAGGAGUUUCCUAAAAACUUUAGGUGGUGGAUGCAGCGCUCCGGUAGGUAUAUCAACAAAACUAAAACAAAACGAUAAUGUAUACAAGCUCACUUUGACCGGAGCCGUCUGGAGUCUAGACGGUUCGACCAAACUCGAGGAAACGUUGGACCAAACGUUUGGGCAAAUACGUAAAACCGUUAAACACAAACUCAGUCCGACGGAAGAAGCGAGCAGCAAAAAAAUUAAAACCGACAAAACAGUUGAAGCCGACAAUGAAAUCGCCGUACUUAAUCGACGGAUCACCGACAAGACUGGUGAUUUGGGCUGCGAAGAUUUGGCGCCAAAUGUCGCUGACAGACGCUGCUUCUGCGGUUUGACGACCAACGUCAAUAUGCCAAUUGACGUUGUCAUCAAAUGUGAUAAUUUAGGUAGGGACUUGGCGAAUUCGUUAAUCGAUAAAGGUGCUUUAGAGGUGAUGAAGAUAUCACAUGACAUAAUCAGAAGUUCGAUUGGUAAAAAAUCAUGAUGAAAGAUUUUUUGGGCCGUAGUGAUGUAACGUUCGCUACUGUAUGUAGUCGAUACUUUGUUAAUAAUCGAUUAUGGUUUCCUGGGAAUUCGUACUAGCUGGUAUUAGGGCAUGUCCUCACUGACCUUAGAAAUAUAAAUAAACGUAAACUUUUUUGUCCAUAAAAUACACAGUAUUUAUUUUCUUCGUGUAAAUGGUGUAUUUUCGGCUCUGGUAUCAAAUAGGUGGUAAGAACGGUGACGUCACACUAGAAUGACCUUAAUAUCAUUGGAUAAAUUAGACACUAAUAUAUAACCAAUCGUCGUAAGGAAGCGUCCAGAACAGACAUAUGUUUUACAGAAAGUAUUUUACAAACAUUAUGAUGAUUAUAUAACAACAAACCAGUCGAUCGACCGGUAACACUCGCCGUGUAAGUCUGCGUAUAAUUUUAAAUACAAUGUAAAAUUCGAUUUUUUUUUAUUGCUUAUGUGGGUGGACGAGCUCACAGCUCACCUGGUGUUAAGUGGUUACUGGAGCCCAUAGACAUUCACGACGUAAAUGCGCCACCCACCUUCAGAUAUAAGGUCUCAAGUAUAGUUACAACGGCUGUCCCGCCCUUCAAACCGAAACGCAUUACUGCUUCACGGCAGAAACGGCAGGGUGGUAGUACCUACCCGAGCGGACUCGCAAGAGGUCCUACCACCAGUUCUAUUUUUGUUCUCGAAUAAUCAAAUACUUUUAUUUUUUCGCGGUUACGGCAUACGAUAAAGACUGAAGCUGUAAUCAGUAUAACUGACGUUGAUCUUAUCACCCAGCUGCCAAAUUGCUUACUGAACCCUAUCACUUAAGGCAUUAGGUGGAAGCAUGGAGGGUAGAGGUAAGGAGAACCCUCUCAUAUUCAUAUGGGAGAAGCUUGAAAAGUGUCUCACUUUCAGCACUAAAUAACAGUUCAAAAAUCCUACAGAUCUUGUAGUGCUUACAGUUCUUGCGUCCUUUUUUUUAAUUCUCUAUCUUAUUCUAAUAACUUCGAGCGCCUUUUUUUAAAUUUAUCCGGUUGCUACUGUAGCGCCACCCUUGUUUAGCAGAUUUUAACGGACACUUUUUACACGCAGAGACGAUUCUCCUUACUUCUACCCUCCAUAGGUGGAAGUCUGAGUAGUGUUGGGAUGCGACAGCAAGGUACGCCAACGUCUGGUGCUCCGUUAUCCCAUAGGGCGGCUCUGUCUGCAUUAGUGCUGCUUUCAUAACUCUAGUAGGGUAGGCAUAGGAUUCGAACAUUCCGGUGGGGGGAAAGCAACAGAAGCAUUUUUCGAUUAAUUAAAAUGGCGUUUUACGAGUGUCGGCAAACAAUAUCUUUUGCUCUUUCGUGAAGCUAAUGCUAAUGUGAAAGCAAUGGAGAUAAAUUAGACUGAAUAUAUAAGCUUGUUAUUACAAUUGUCCGAAGCUUCAUGCGGUGCUUUGGCUGUUGUUAUACGAGAAAACUUAAUCGGCCCUUACGACGGAACAUUAUAAGCUCAUGUGGGUAGACACUCUUAAUCUAAUCAAUCUAAUCUGCUUAUUUUUUGCGCGAAUCAAUCGUCCGUUCCGAUUUCAAGGGUAAGACGAACACUACUAAUACAAUAGAGAGUUCAAUCGCUGCGCUGUAACUUUUUUUUCUUUCAAAUGGUAGAAUGUACUCGCAACCCACCUGGGGUAAUAUGUUUACCGGGGGCCAUAGGCAUCAUCCCGAGGUCUAAGUCUGAAUUGUAACAGCCAUCGUACCCUCUAAACCAGGAUGUACGUCGGCUUUGUUGUUAGGUAAAUAAAUAGAACGGUGGUACAGAAGGGGCCUUAUAACCCUACCAGAAGCCCUAUGACAUACCAGUCGCCAAAAAAAAAUUGUUUGACCAUACUUACAUAUUACAUAAUAAAACUGUUGAGUACUUAUGACAUGACCAAAUUAUUUUAUAAUGAGUGUGCUUAUUUUAGUUCUAAAAGCUAUUAUUUAAAAGUUCUAAAAGCUGUUAUUUGUUGUCGUAUUAUGUUGUUAGUUAUUUUAUUUUGAUCAGGUUAUUGAAAUCGAGAGGUGUUUGAUAAUAUAUAAUUAAAAACAUGGUGCCUUGUGUUUGUUGUAUUCUAUUUAUAAUAAAUCUAUGGGAAGUUGGA